GUGAGUGUGUAUUUGUUGUUCCUCUAACAACAGCAACAACAACAACAACACGCUUCGCUGGGCACGCGACAACAAGAACAACCACAUCAGUCAAGCUCCAAUGGCUUGAAAAUCUCUCCUAAUCAUUAACUAAAAACAGAAGAAGCAAAAAAGACUAAAGAGCCCCCAAGCUCCGGCACAAAGAAACCAAUUUUCUGGUAGCGAACAACAGCAAUCAACAAAUAGCAAUAAUUGUUCUUUGGCAAAAAAGUUAAAACGAAAGAAUAAAAAUGGAGCUGAAAGUUUGGGUUGAGGGCAUCCAAAGAAUUGUCUGCGGAGUGACACAACUGACAACCUGCCAGGAUGUUGUCUUCGCUUUGGCGCAUGCCACUGGCAAAGUGGGGCGCUUCACCCUAAUCGAACGAUGGCGCAAUAAUGAACGACAUUUGGCCCCCAAUGAGAAUCCGAUGAAGCUUUUACUAAAAUGGGGCGAGUAUGCAAAUGAUGUGCAAUUUAUAUUGCAACGUUCGGAGAAUAAGUCUCAACAACAGCAGCAACAGCAGCCGACCAAUGCCACCACCAACAACAACAACAACAACAAUGCUGUGAUGACUACAAAAAGACCACUGGGGCUGAGUAAUGCCAAUAACAACAACAACAACAAUAAUAAUAAUAGUAGCAAACCAGCGCCCACAUUGCAGAAACAAAAGUCAAAUGUGGAGCUCAGCUAUCGGACAAAGGAAUUGAAGAAAAGUUUUGGCGGCUACGAUGCCAAACAAUUUGAUAACAUUGGCAUAGUUAAGGGCAUACCGCAACAGCAGCAGCAGCAGCAGGCGCUGCAGCAGCUAGCAACAUUGACACCAGCAACAACAACGACAACAACAUCAGCAGCAGAUCCUGCAGCAUCAUCAGCAAUGGUUUAUCAGGAGCAGCAACAACAACAACUACAACAAUCGAGGAAGCAACUGGAUAACAAUAAUUUGGCACCCAUUGUGCCCAAACAUGAAAAAUCCUUAUCAAAUCCUUUGGAAAUGACAAGUAGUGGCAGUGCUAAUAUAUGUAAUCCGCCACAAAUUCAUGGCUAUAAUGAUUUUUACAAUCAUAAUAAUAACAACAACACAAGCAUUGGCAACAAUAAUGUCGGAAAUCAUCAUAUCUAUAGUCAGCUAAGCAAAUCCAGCAAUGAGCUCAGGCGCUCUAGCCCCAGCGAAAUGUAUUACAACAACAACAACAAUAAUAAUAUUAAUAUUAACAACAACUCACCGGAAUUGUACAAACAAACGCCGACAAUAUCGGCAAAUGGAGCUUUAGUGCCACCACCAUAUCGUGAUCCGCCCCCACCCCGCAAUAGUCCCAUGUGCCAGAAUCAGAGCCAACGCUUAGCCAACAAUGUGGAGACCAUGUCGAAUGCCUCAUCAUCAACCAAUCCAUUUCUAAGUGACUACGAACAUCAUAGCAAUAAUAAUAAUAAUAAUAACAAUAAUAACAAUAACAAUAAUAAUUUUAACAACCAAUCCAUGGAUGAAGGCAAUGAGAGUAUGUUUCAAGCCACCCAAUAUAACGAUCUAUUGCAAUUGAUUAAAUUUCAACGUGAAAAGAUCACAACACAGCAAAUGGAAUUACAGAAAUUCGAUACGGAAAUAGUUUAUCUGGAAAGCAAAGAGCGUGAUCAUGCUCAUGAAUUGGAAGCCAUUUCACGUGAAAUAUCCAAGGCCGAUCAAAUCUUUCGUCAGGGCGCCGAACAAUUGCAAACGCUUCAAUAUGUCGAAGAGGAAAACGAGUUGGUUAAGCAACAAGAGAAGACACUUAAAUCCGAAAUUGCUCUGUUACGCUCCAAAUUGGCCAAUUGUGAGACGGAAUUACUUCAAUGCAAGAACAAAAUGCGUUUACUUAUGGAUGAUAUAGAGCUAGAGCAACAGCAGCAGCAGCAGCAACAACAUCAUAAUCAGCAACAACAAAACAAUAGACAAACUGUUGAACGUGAUUUCCUAAUGGAAAUGGAGCGCAUACAAAGUGAAAUUGAUCAGGCCUUGCAUAAUACAGAUACCUCGAAUAAAACCGCCGAUAAUCUGAAAAAAGAGCUCCUAAUGAUCGAACAUGCCAUAGCCGAGAAGAAGCGUCAAGUGGAGCAAUUGGUCAAUGAAAUGAAAGAAGUGAAUUUAAAGAGUCUCACUGUAACGACCACAGAGGAAAUCAAACACCUGCUGGAGGGUGGCGGUGGUAUUGGCGCAAUCGGUCUUGGAGGAGGACCAUCAGGCAAUAGCAAUAAACAGGGUAGCAGUCGUCGAAUUAUUGGCUCACCACGUCAACUGGAGACGGCUGUACCUACUAGCAAAAAUCCGCAUGGCGUUUGGGUUUAAAUAGAAAAACACACACAUGCACAACAAUCGGGCAAAAACGAGCAUAUUUUUCUACCUAAAAUAUUGGGAACAAAAAUCAAAGAAAUUUUUAAACAUAUCUCUAUGAAAAUAUCACAAAAUUUAUUUUUUUUGUUUAUAUAUAUCUUAUUCUCAAAGAUCUCCAAUGCAAUAUUACAAAUUGUUAUUAAUAUUUGUAUUGCUAGAAUCACAAAAACAAAAGGUGUAUCAAUUUUCCCUGCAUUUCACACUGUGUGCUAUACAUAUAUCUCUAUAUAUAUAUUCAUAUUUUUUGCUAGUCUUUUGUUUUCCAACCCGAAAAGUUUAUAUAAUUCUACCGUUUGCGCCAUUAGCUAAUAAGUUAUCGAAACGAAGAAUGUAAUCAAUCAGUUGCAAUAAUUCGAUUAUAACGAAACUAAAAAAAAGAAAAGCAAAAACAAAACAAAAAGAAGCCUUGUUAACAUUUAAGUAGCGCUAGUAAUUUCCAUUCCCAUUCAAAAUUCCAUACACAUACAUCUAUAAACUAUUUAGCACGUAGCCUCAGCUUUAGUAAAUGGAAUUAGCAAUGCUUUGUUAAAAAGAGUUUCACUUUUAAAGUGCUUUUAGAUCACAAAAAAAAUUUACAAAAAUUUAAAUAAUUAAACAAAAUAAGCGACAAAUUUGCUUAGAUUUUUUCCAUUUAUCAAUUAAAUAGAUAACAUUAUUAUAUUAAACAAAUUUUUAUCAUUAUAAUAACAUUAAUGAAGCACAAGAUUUCGUACAUGCCAAUGUUUUGAUGUAUUCAAAGUAAUUCUUGCCUGUAGUUUAUGCCUGCGUUUCACACUUAUGUAAAUGUCAGACCCUGACCAAUUAAAUUGUGACCAAUUUAAUUGCAAAUAUCAUUAAUUAGUUCCAUUAGCAAAUAGGGCAAAAAGCCAAGAAAAAACAAGAUCACAAAUGUAUGGACCCGGGGGUAUACCUUACGGGAUCUACAACAAAAAUAACAAACACAAUUACAACAGUGAGCUGAAAUUAAACUAGGACCACAAACUAAUGUAAAGGCCAUUUGGGCACGAUAAUGGAAUCGAGUUUUCAGAUUAUUUGUAGAAAUACUUUUGAUAGCGUCAGAGCGUCAUUCCACCUUCAACUAAUAAAUUUGUUAUUAAAUCAGAAUGUCUGCAUUAAGAUUGUUCAAGAAAAUCACAAUAAAUCACAAAAUAUGUAAACAAUUUAUUAAAUUUGCUUUUCCACAUUUCAAUUUAAUAGAGACUAUUAGUACACUAAACUAAUUGUAUCAGUAUAAUGACCUUAACAAAGAAUGAUUAAGAUUUGAUAUAUUCUUACACAUUUGAGUAAUGACAUUGAAUUUAAGUUAAUCUUUUAGGGCUGAUACUGGAAAUUCUUGUCUAUAGUUUAUGUAAUAAAGCGUUUUGUUUUACAAUUAUGUAAAUGUCAGACCGGUUUAAUUUAAAAAUUGUGACCAAUUUAAUAGCAAAUGACAUUAAUUAGUUCCAUUUGGCUCAUACUGCAAUACAUUUCAUAUAAAUAUAAAGCCUGUAAAAGUUUUAAUCACAAUACGUUUAAAAUGAAUUUCCUCUUCAUAUCGAUAUUUGUAAUAUUUUUCAUGAUGACUAUACGUCCCAUAGUUAGUAGUCGUCCUAUUCCAAUACCAACCAGAAGCACGACAACUCGAGCUGUAUUCAAACCAGGAAGACCAACUAAGGCAAAGGGCGGUUGGGGAGGAUAAUGAAAAAGAGUUCUCAGACUAUACAUAGAAAUACUUUUAAUAGUCACAACGUUACUCGGCCUUUAAAUAAAAGAUUUCUAAAGCAAGGAUCUUAAAUCUGCAUACACAAAUGUGUCAUAUUUUUUAAUAGCAGUUUUAUUUCUUAGUUUCUCUUGUUGGUGUCUGCAUUCAAGUUGUAAACGAUAGAUUUUAGAUCACAAAGUAUGUUAACAAAUGGAAAAUUCUUUUGUUUCAAUUAGUAGUUGAAUAGACAAUAUUACACAUUAAACAAAUUGUUUCAAUAUAAUGAAUUUAACGAAGAAUUAACAGAUUUUCGGCCACGCCAAUAUGUCAAUAUAUAUUCUGACGAAUUUGAGUAAUGCAAUUCUUGCCUCUUGUUUAUUCGAUUCACACUUAUUUAAAUGUCAGACCCUGACCAAUUAAAUUGUGAAAUUGUGACCAAUUUAAUUGCAAUUUUUAAUUAAUUAGUUCCAUUAGGCAAACACAUUUCAUAUAAAUAUAAAACCUGUAAAAACUUUGAUCACAAAACGUUCAAAAUGAAUUUCCUCUUCUCGAUAUUUGUAAUAUUUUUCGUGCUAUAUGCACCUGCAUCUCAGCCCCUUUAUCCUAAGAGAGGAACAACAAGAGGCGGAUAACAACAAAGUGAGCUGAAUUUAAACAAGGACGACAAACUUAUUUGAGUUCUCAGACUAUAUAUAGAAAUACAUUGAAUAGUCACAACUUUAUUCUGCCUUUAAAUAAACUAUUUUUUUGCACGCA